UACAGAGCCAUCAGUGCAAAUUAAUUUAUCAACCAGUGCUUAAACAACGUGCACGAAAGUGGCAUGGCACAGAACACUCCCAUGAUUGGAUAUACAUGAAGUACGAAUUGUAAGGGAAACAGUAUCUAAAAAAUACCAGCACAGCAUCAUGCGUGCUGAUCAAGGCUGACCAAAAAAUGGGCGUGAUGAAACAACAGUGCUUGCAGCUUGUUCUGGAUAGUGGAAUGAACGGAUGGCACGUUCCAUUUCCAACAUACGAGGCCAAAUCACUCUAUGUAAGAGGAACAUUCGAUCAAAGCUGGCUCGGUGGUGUGCUACAACGUGCAAAGACGAAGCAAUGGUGCACUCCCAUGCUCACUCAUGCCACCACGUAAGUGUUAUGUGUAUUAAGCAGAUUUGAUGGGAGUUGCACAUUCUCUUGUAUUAUAUCGGGCUUGGGCAGAUGCACAAAGACUAGGAAGUGCUAAAUCGGUAUUGUGAGCACUGGAUAGCAGCAUAGAUCAUAAAUGCUGGGCCCUGAACAUAGAUUAACAGUAACUACGGGUAGUGGUGCUCUCUCAAGAUGGCACAAGCAUUGUCAUACAAUCUCAAUACACAGCUGUAUCAGACGGGUCUUAUAGCUAGGAUAAGUCCUAGUUAAGCAUGUUUAAUGAAAUGGUUGUGUAGAGCAGUUUUAUCAAAGUUGUUGCUGGAAAAAAGAACUGCAUACAGAGAUCAUUCCCGUGGUAUAAAUACAAAGUCCAUAAAAGGCAUCUUUCCAUAUGCUUAACAUACAAAGUUAUUGUUUUUAGUAUCUGUUGGUGUUUGUAGCCUUUCUUAGCGUUAAGGCACGAAUAGAAGGUGGUUAAUCCGUUUAACAUGCCUCUACCCCUGAAAAUACGAAAGGACGGGGUGUACAGACCUGCGAAGGUAUAGCUGGUGCCCUCGAAGGGUAUUGUUGGUUGGUCCGCUCGCAAAUGUUGGAGUCUGCCCUUGUCUUUCUCUCAUCGAACACAUCCUCGGUCCGGGUCACCACGCACCAAUCGGUCACUUUAGCGAACAUCCGUAGCCGUUGUGCUGAACCAUGGCACGAUACGUAAGGCGAAUAACAGCUCUGUUAGUAAUUUAUGUUGCGAUUCUUUACAUUAUUUUAUCUGAUUCAGAUCAAGUAUUGUCUCACAAUGACAAUUUCAUCGGUACCACAACGAGUAUGUGCCACGGAUACGUGCUUGGCAGCGUGUAAAUUACUAAACUUUUUAACAUUCACGGUCGCGCCACUAAUUCUGUGAUUUAUUUCUUCAAGUGAUACACCACAGCGUUAUUACUCGGCAUUUGCUGUUUGAGCACUCACGGCCGCAGCCUGUGAACAACAAAAUGGUUUUAUCGACAGUACCUCAGCAUGUAAAAAUAGAUAAAGUAACAAUUUGGUGGCCUGACACCACAAAUACCGCGUGUGAAGGCUCUCAAAUACGAAUUACUAAAUUUUGCAAGACUUUUGUUCAUUGAGCCGUGCCCAUCCAUGGAGAGGCAAAUAAAACAAAAAAUAAAUCUGCUCGAUGCAUUGAUAAGGAAAAUGGAGAACAAGCAGAAAAUCUCUCUCAUACAAAUCCUCAGGAGCGAGGUAGCAAAACUAAAGGAACUUAACCAGGAGUAUAAAAAGAUGAUAAACGAGAAGAAAGUGGUACAUGAAGAGCAAAAUAAAGGAAGGACAAGGUACUACCUGAACGAUGGUUCGACAUACGUGGUGAGUGCAGAUAAAAAGUACAGGUACCUGUACGAUGCAAAGUCACGUAUUAUUACGUACGAGUUUGAGAAUGGGCAGGUGGAAAGAACAUUCCCAAAUGGUUUGAAGGAGAUCAGGUACAGCGAUGGAAGCAUAGCUGUAAGAAAUGGUAAUAAAGAAUACGAUUAUAUAAAAUAAACGGUGAUUUGCUUGUUAACUAAAAGGUGUGAUUUGGACAAGGGAAUUGAGAGCGAUUUGAAAGUAACUUGGAUCGUGAAGCGUAUUUGUUCGGAUGGUGCAGAUGAAAAUGAUAAAUAAGUACAUUUUAGCAAAAAUGUAAUGUAUCCGUUUGCAGAUCGUAUACCAACCGUGGCGAGUAAAAAUAAAAUUGUGGAGUAGCUAAUUGAAAUGCAUAGCACAGGUAAUAACGUUUUUGAUGUAAAAGUUGAUCGGUAGGCAAAUAAUUGAUAACUAGAGCGAAACACAAGGACUGGGCAGCAUGCAAAGUGCCGUAUUACGCGCUCCUCACCACUAUCUGACUAAGAGAACAUAAUUAAAUGGUCCGUAGAGUUAAAACAAAGUAAAAGUGCGUUUCUUAACAACAACGAUGUUCUGCCCUACGAAAAGAACAUUUCUGAUCAAAUGUUUGUUUUCAAAUGUAGCAAUGCGUGGAAUAGCGAGCAAAGGCGUGAAAGGAAUGUUAAGGCACGUAAAAUGCGCAUUGUGUGAAACUUUUAGCACGUUUCUCACAAUAUGGUGAAAUAUCACAGCCUCCAUGUUAACCACUCAUAUUCAACACAUCUUAAGCAUUCAAACGGUGUGCUCAUUUUUGUGAAAUUCAUCUAUUCGUAUUGUCAAGAAAAGCUUUUUACGCAGCACCUUUAAACAGUUCUCCUCGAUCCUCUUGAUCAAUUAAGAUCACGAUCAGACACAUCCAUGAUAAAUAGCAGGGAUCAUGAUAUAUCUACGAUCAAGUAUCAUACUAUCACUGCACGGGAUCAUGUUUUGUAUUUUAACUCGCUUGGAAACAAGGCGUUCACGG